AUGCCUUCAAACACCGCAGCCAGCAUGUGUGGUGGAGCCGGGGGAAGGGGCUCCAGGGUGUCCGUGGCCAGCCUGGAGGGGCUGCGCAACGUGAUGCGCAACGACACGGAGAGAGACUCCGCUCCAGUCGCUCCAGAAAACCCUGCCGCUCCUCCGGCUCAGGCCGCUCCUGCCGCCCCCGCGGACGACAAGCAUACACUGCGGGGUCUGAACGACCGGCUGUCCGGCUACCUGGGCAGAGUGAGGCAGCUGGAGAAGGAAAACGACGAUUUGGAGAAACAGAUCGAUGAGAUUUUGGCCAAGAGGAAAGCCCCCGAGGGACGCGACUGGGAUGAGGUCGAGAAACCCCUGGAGGACCUCAAGAAGCAGAUAAAAGACCUUACCAAGGAUAAUGCCAAGCUGCUGCUCCAGAUUGACAACACCAAAAUGGCUAAUGAUGACUUCAAGAACAAGCUGGAGGAUGAGAAGAAGGCUCGGAAGGAAUUAGAAAAAGAGGUGGAGGAUCUGAAGAAGGUAAAAGAGGUCACUAAGAUGAACUGCAUGCAGACACAGAAGGAGAUCAAUCUGGUGAAGGAGGAGCUCGCUCGCCUCAAUCAGGAACACAAAGAUGAGGUGGAUGUCCUGUGUGAGAAGAUCAAGGACUCCGAGGUGAAGGUGGAGAUUGAUUCCCAGAACUCCAACCUGGACGAGAUGCUCAACAAGAUCCGCGAACAGUACGACAAACUCGCCCGGAAGAACCUGAAGGAGACCGAGGAGUGGUACCAGAGCAAGUUUGAGAACAUCAAGGUGGUGGAGGCCCAAAACAACGAGGUCUUGUACUCUGGAAAGUCCGAGCUCAAGGAGCUGCUCAAGCAGAAACAAACUCUGGAAAUUAAGAUCCAGAGUGUGCACAGCACGAUCCACAAUCUGGAGGAAACCCUGAAGAGCACUAAGGUGGAGUACAGCCAACGCCUGGCUCCCCUCAACCAGGUGAUACUGGACCUGCUGGCGGAGCUGGAGGAGGUGAGGUCACAGGUGGAGCGCCAUGUCGAAACCAACAACAACCUGCUGUGUGUGAAGAUGAAGCUGGAGGCGGAGAUCAGCAACUACCAGCAACUGAUUCAGGGCACGACGGCUGACCCUGAGAGCUCGAAGUUGUCUAUAGAGGAUGCUCUGCUCGCGGACCAGCAAAAGCCUUACAGUGAGGUGCCCGAGCAGCAGGAAGAAGUGAAGGAAGAGGUCCUUGUGAAGCACCAAAGUGCCCCCACUAACAAAUCCACACCCCCCAAAGCUCCUGCCGAUCCCACCACCGAAGCAGAUCAAACCCCUGAAACGAUGGAAGGAGACGUCGUCGAGAAGGCUGCUGCUGAGAAGGCCCAGAGCAGCAAGCCCAGUAAGAAGAAAAAAUCCAAGACCAAAAUUAAAGAUUCAUCCUCAUCCUCUUCCUCUUCAUCUUCUUCCUCUUCCUCCUCCUCCUCCUCUUCCUCCUCCUCCGAUGAGAAUGAAGAUGAAAGCCCCAAGAACGAGGGCAAAGUGGCCAAAGCCUGAUCUUUGAGAGCUUUUUCUCUGCUGUUUGUUGUUUUUCUAGCACAAAAUCCCAUCCAACUGUUUCUUACUGUUGUUACCAAACCUGUAAAGCUUCUUGAGGUGUCCUUUCACAAAUAAAAACAUUUAGAUUUUGAA